AAUGUGAAUGAAAACAAUCAGGGAAACGAUGGCGGAAACUCUCACCAGACUGUGAGCAUCAACAAUGAUAAGCACGUGGUCAACAUUGAUUCAAACAAUGGCUGGAAUUCAUGGAACUCCAUCUGGGAUUAUGGCAAUGGUUACAUUGCAACCAGGAUACUUUCAAAAAAAGCCUGCAUCAUUGCUAAAAUAAACAAAAAUGUUAUGCCUGAUGCAGUGGAGCUUCCGCAGCUGAUUAAAGAAAAGAAGGAAGCUGGCUCUUGAGGGCCUCCCCCAGUGGAACUGCAAUUCACCGUCUCAAAAACCACAGUCAGUGACCUGGCCCCAUAUGGGAAGUCUGUUGAAUCUAUGUGCAAAGGAAUUCCAACCUAUGUUGCUCGUGAAGCUCGUGGAGACAACCUUUUAUUUUAUUCUGGGCAAUGUUUCAAGACUAAUAUAAUGCACACGAUGACAUUAAACUAUUGCGAUGAAACUGCAUCUUUCAAAUAAAAUUGUUGCUGAUAUAAUCCUGCUAACAAUGCCCUCACUGAUUAGAAAAAUAA